AUGAACGAAGAAGAACUCGCUCGCGUCCUCAGACGCGAUCCUAACAUCAACGUCGCCAGGCCCCCACGCCAAAGACCUGAGCUGACUCAACCCCUCAAAUGGGCUCUACCUACGCCCCACACCUUGAAGCAACAAACUCAACCACGUUUUAAGAAAAUCCGUACAACCGAGCCCCUAAGAUGGAUCCCGCAAGAUCACAUAAAGAGCGCAUGGCCACUCCUUCCUCAGCGCCCCCCUGUAUUUCCCGAGCUUCCUGCGAAGAAACACAGUCUUGAACAGUUUGAGGUUGAUGAAGAAAGAAAGAGGCAAAGGAGGGAGAUACGCAAAGCCCGAAUAGAGGCAGAAUUGGCAAACAGAGUUCCUCCUCCGGCGCCUAGACCGGAAAUUAUGCCUCUGUCUCCGCAAGCUGCUCGCGCGCCCAGACCAAAAGAUCCACAGACUGAAAAUGUACGCAAAAAAUGGCCGGGUCCUGGAGACUGGGAAUUUAAAUGGAGGCACAAUUUACGCAAGGAUGCAAAUAUGGCAAUAAGAGAUAGCGUUCCGGAUGACAUGUACGAGCCCCCGUUAGUCGGACCAAUGGUCGAUCGAAUUCCUAUAAUCAAGAAUUUGAAAGUCGAGAUACCAUUCAUGGAAGAUGCCAUCUUUUAUCCGAGUAGAAUACCCGCGAGUGGAGAUUGCUUUUUCGGUUCAGUCUCAAUGGCUUUGUAUGGGACAACUCUAUAUUGGCACUAUACGAAGUACUGUCACUUGUGGUUUUUUCGUUACGUGCUUACGCACCCUGCACAUCCGCGGUAUGACUCUUACUGGCAUUUAAAUACUUUUGGAGACUCCGAUGGCGAAAUGAAUAUGUGGCACCGAUUGAACACUCCACAGGCCUGGCAAUCAAGCGAGCUGUUCAAUAUCACAGCCGAUAUUUACAACCUCUUCAUAGUACUAUACGAAGCGCCCAAUACGAUCGAUAUCUUUGGCCAAUACAACGCGACGCACAUGUUUUUCCACCUCAUCAACCGGAAUCACUAUGAAAGUUUGAUUCCCGAGGACGACGAGGUUCAGUUUCCUUUUCCCGAUGGCGUGAUGAUUAACCCCAGGCCUGGAAGAACAAAAAUACGACCUUUCGUGAUAGAUAUGACUCGAGUUCUUGGGAUCAAUACCGCAGAAGGAGCUCUAGAUAUUGAGUUGUUGAAAAUCGGACUCAGAAAAGAAAGAAGGCAGGCAAAUGAGCGAAAUGAUCCUACAGAGAUCAAGUGGUGGCUGGAAGCAGAAGCCAAGGACAAGGAAGAGGCAAAGAAAGCAGAAGAAAAAAGGAUCGCCGACGUAGCCAAGGCAAAACCUCCAAAGAAGGUCACAUUACCUACAAAUGAGGAACUCGCAGCAAAUCUCGCGAAAGUAUUGGCACAGAAGAAGCCCGAGCACGGAAAGGAUCCAGACAAUCCCAAAAGCAAGAAGAUUCCAAAAAAGACAUUCUACGAUCUCGAUAGCGACGAUGAGGACAGUGAUCACAAAGAAGCCGAAAACUUGUUACCGAAAGAUGAAUACACACAGGGAGGAACGAAAAAGGAAAAAUUCACCGGUUUCGGUCUGGAUUACAGUGAUGAUGACGACGAUAGUGAUACUUUCAAAGCGGCAAAAGAAACAAGUAAAAAGUCACCGAAAGUGAAGCCGCAAAAGACUCCUGGAAAUCCGGAUAAGAAGAUUCCUUCCAAGCCUCAAAAAACAGGAAGAACGCCAAAAAGACCGCCUAGGUGGUAA